GUGAAGAGUAAUGGAGAGGAUGGAAGAGAAGAGAAGGGAGACCAGUGAGUCAGGGUUUUAUGUGCAGGCUGACUUGAGUGAUGAACCUUCAAGUGAAGGAUUCAAAGACGAAGAGAUAAAAAGAGCGGAUUAUCGAAGAAUCAGGUUCAAACAUAGAACUAAAGCAAACAAGAGUAUAAAGAAUAGGUCAAUAUAGAAGAAUCGGAGGGAUACGUGAACGAUACAAUAAGGCGAUCCAAGGAAAUAAAUGAUGCAAGAAGUGAAACCAGGACGGAAGGAAAGUUGUUACAUACGAUGGGGUAUGAUCCCAGGACAAAAGGAAUGUUUCGGAACGUAGUCAGCUCAGUGUUUAAAAAUAAAAGCCAAAAUCUGCCUUAUCUUAAAAAUAAAACUUCAAAAUUAAAUAUCGGAAAUUAUUUUAACAAAGUAUUGAAAAAUUCAGCGACUCCAGACCCAAAAGAGUUCAAAAAGCUUCCUUAUAAGUUCUCUAAAUACCCAAGCUUCGAGGAUUAUCACAGAAUAGACCUUUUCAAAUAGACUUCAGGAAAGGCUGAAUAGAUCUCUUAAUCUCAAGAUAAAAUAAAUGUCAAAACUCUCAAUCCCCAGUUUUGGUAGAAAGAGAAGAUAAUAGCUACCUACAAAAGACCAAUGAAGUUGAUAAUCCUGCAUCAAGAUCUCUGACUAAGAAGAUUAACCUUGAGAGGAAGAAAUCAAGGUAUAAGAUCAACCAGCCUAGUGAAGUCAAGAAAUACAAAUUUACCAAGACAAAACUUGAAGAUAUCUUCUCAGCCAAUAGAGUCAAGAGAAACCAGAACUUGAGAAAAUAUAACCUAACAACCUUUUCUCAAAAGAGCGAUACAAUGCCAAGAGAUGACCAGAUUAGGGAGAAAAAUGAUAAAUGCACCAAGAAAUGGAUCUCUCCUUUCAUUAAUUUCAAGAUGACACAAAAUUAUAAAGGAAGGAAUCAUGAUUUCAUUCGCCAACAACUCUCAGAAUCGUUUGAAAACAUCAAAAAUAGAUACUUACAAGAGCAAGGAAGGAUAAAGGCUGCUGAGUUAAAAUCUCACAUGACCGAUAUGCCAAGAAGAGAGCAUCCAAAAAUAAUCCCAAUCAAAUAAAAACACACAAUUUAUUUCUCUGAAGCAAUCCAAGAUGGAAGAGAUCACCAAGAGCAGGAAUGUCUCAGCAGCAGUUACAAGUUAUAUUGACAAUAAGAACAAAACUCUAAACUCCCAGCUCUUCUUUGAGAACAAAAAACUCAGUUGUUCUUCACAUGUUUCCAGACUAAUCGAGAGUAUUUACGAAAGAUCCUUCAGAAGAAACAGACUUAACAGUAUUGAGGAGCUUAAAAAACUGUUUAAUAAUACAUCCAUCGUUCGGCACAAGAAAGAGAGGUCAAGAGAGCAAGAAUUCUAUGAGGAUUUCCUACAAUAA